AUGGUCACUUCCUACCCUUAUUCAAAUCUGGUCAAGAUGCUAGGGAGCUUUAGAGCUCUGAGCUCUCGAAUUGACUGGUUGCGUUUAUGGAUAACAGGCGGAGCACCCCUCAUUGCAAUAAUAAUCGGCACCCUCUGGGUACCACUCCAAUUUCGCACCGGAAUAUUUCUCUUUACUUAUGCGACAGCAUCUGGGAUUAGCGUCACCGCAGGGCUGUUCUAUUCUCACUACGGAUGGGUCGUGAUCAAACGCAAGCGAGAACAAACAGGCCAGGUGGACGUUCAGGAUCUCUCGAACGAUCCAAUCGUCCUUUGGCAGCGCAAGCACUACAUUCCCUUGUUCUUUCUGACCGCAAUCAUACUCCCAACAUUAUACUGUGGGCUUAUGUAUGGUGAUUUUGCUGGAGGAUUCAUAUGGGCCAGCUGCAUCCGAUUAUUCAUGAUCCAACAGGCAACCUUCUGCGUCAAUUCUCUAGCUCAUUGGGCUGGGGAUCAACCUUAUGCCAACCGCCUCUCGCCAAGAAACUCAUUUUUCGUCGCUCUGAUCACAUGGGGAGAGGGAUAUCACAAUUUCCAUCACGAGUUUCCAGUGGACUACCGCAAUGGGAUUAGAUGGUUUCACUGGGAUCCGACGAAGUGGUUUAUCUGGCUCUGCGCGCAAGUCAAUCUGGCCUCGGACUUGAAGCGGUUCCCCGAAAACGAGAUUCAGAAGGGUAAAUACCAGCAAAUUCAACGCCAGCUUGAACUCCGGCGCCAAGAGAUAUCUUGGGGGGCACCAAUAGAAGAACUUCCGGUCUGGAGUUGUGAAGAUUAUACUCAGAUGGUCAACAAGGGUCGUUCUCUACUUCUUGUCGACGGUGUUGUAUACGAUGUUGCACAGUUUGUGGACCAACAUCCCGGCGGAAAAAGCUUCUUGCUACAGAAUGUUGGCAAGGAUGCUACACGAUUGUUCCAUGGGAGCGCAAUCCAUGCCCACUCCAAUGCGGCCGAAAAUUUGCUCUCAACCAUGCGAUUGGCGAGGCUCUCUCAGACUUUGAAAAUUUAA